CUUGUCUACCACCUGUUUGGUAUUUGGCCUCAGAGAGAGAGAGAGAGAGAGAGAGAGAGAGAGAGAUUGAAAGGUCUGUGGGUGGAGGAGGAUUUGGUGACCGUGGGGAAGAAUCUGUUGGACUGAGGUGGGAGGGACCCAACACCUCACGUCCGUCAUCAUCUUCUUGAUCAAUCUCUUUAUCUUCUCUUCCUCCUCACCACCAUCACCAACCCUUCACAAGGUGCUUUUGUCUUGGUCUUCUGGAGUCUUUUGCAUUAGUUUAUAGAGAUCUUGAGGGGUUGGGUACACCUAAUUGUGCUUCAACCCCAACUACCCAGAUCUAUUCUCUACCUUAUUUUUUACAAAAAGAUUUGUUUGUUCAGUAGGAAUUCAAAGAUUUUGGAGAUAUGGGUCUUUGUAUCUAGACUUAUCUUGAUCAUUUUCUUGGGAUUCGAAGUUUUCCAGUUGUCAGACAAAAGCCAUAUCGGAUCUGAGUGCCCCACCUUCAUUGGCUUCCUGGGUUCAUCCAAUACAACCCUUCCUUUUUUUUCUUGUUAACUAUCUGGUACAAACCCAUUUACUCUUCUCCCUCUCUUUGUAUGACAGCUGUUGAGCUUGUCUGUACGGUUGGGUUCUUUACUUUGGGGGGGCCAUUUUUUUUAAGAAAAAAGAAGAGGGAGAAGAAGCUCUUCUUAGCUUCCUCUGCUUUCUAGAUUGGAUUGGCUGAGGUGACUUCCCACCAAAGUUCGUUCCUUUGAGGUGUCUAUAGUCUCCUCUUUUAUUCUGAUUAAACUUUGAGGAGGAGGCCCACUGUUUGGUUUGGUGGGCUUUCGUCGAGCCAAUAAAAACCCAUAUUUGAAAGUUGUUUGAAGAUCCUCUUUGCUUGUUUAUUUUUAGGUGGUUGAGAAAGGAGUGAAACAAAAUUCUGUUUCCUCUUUAUUUUGCCAUUUGCUUGUAACAUAAUUGUUUCCUCCAUUGACAUCGCCAUAUUUCACAUAGAUGAGCAAGCCUCUUUUGACCCUUAAAUAGUAGUCCCCUUUUCUAAUGCUACUUUACUUCUUGAUCACUUGCUUCUCCUUCAUCCUCUUUAUAAAGCCUCUCAAACCGCUCCCACCAUGGGCUAAUGAGAUGAGAUUGUUGUCCCUCUGGUUCUGGAAAGACUUAUCAUUCUUUUCCAUACCCGAGUUGAUAAAGAAUUCUCUCUCAAGUAGUUAUCUCUCUCUACUUCCGUUCAAAAUGUCUUUGAUAAAGAAGAGUCUAAGUUCCAAAGUAGAGAACUUUGAGGAGACAGGAGAGAUGUCGGUGUUGGACUUGCCUGAGUUGGCCUUGGAAUGCAUUCUUGAGAGGCUACCCCCGGCUGCACUUUGUAGCACGGCUGGUGUUUGUAGCUCUUUGAGGGAGAGAUGUAAGAGCGACCACCUUUGGGAGAAGCACAUGAAUCAGAAAUGGGAUAGAAUCAUCGGUCCUGCUGCUUACAGAGAGUGGCAAAAUUAUCUUGCUUUGAAAACAGAUUCUAACUAUGUAAAGCAUGGCAAGCAAAAGGGGCUGAUGAGGCUUCUAGCUCUUACUUGGCCCUUUUCAUGGUUUAAGCCGAAGGUCGAUGAUACCAGCAGGCGGAGAAAUUCUUUACCGGUCGAUUCCAUCAUGUCUUGGUAUCUUGCUCUCGAGACUGGCAAAGUCUGGUUCCCUGCUCAGGUCUAUAACCGUGAGAAUGGCCAUGUUGGGUUUAUGUUGUCAUGCUAUGAUGCUGAAGUUAGCUAUGAUUCCCGCACUGACACCUUCCAAGCCAGGUAUCCACCUCAUGGAAGGAGACCAAUUGCUAUUGAGAAUGGUGUGCCGUGGGAAAGGCUAAGAGCACCACCUGUUGAUACUCCUCCACACGAUCUUCAUAUCUCCGACUGUUUAAGUGAGUUACGACCUGGUGAUCACAUUGAGAUUCAGUGGAGAAGAAACAAAGAGUUCCCUUAUGGUUGGUGGUAUGGUAUCGUAGGUCACAUGGAAUCAUGUGAUGGGAAUGAAAAUUACUGCCGUUGUCAUGAUAGCGACACUGUGGUGCUGGAGUUCAAUCAGUACACCCCCGGUUCACAGUGGAGACGUGCAACCGUCGACCGGAAAGACCACAGGGAAGAGGGAAACGAGGCAGAUGGGUUUUAUGGAGGAAUCAGAAAGCUUAAGGACGAGGUUGAGAUUUCCACAUGGAAGCGGCUUUGGCCAACAGAAGUCUUGGAAUAGUAUUACCCUUUGUAUUGAAAGAGGGUUAUUUACUUACUGCAUCACCACGCAUUGAACAUAGAGGCCCAUUCUUCUGUAUCAAAUGAAUUUCAGAAACAAAAAAUCAGCUUCUUAUUCAGUUGCAUGGAUGUGGAGGCCAUGCUCCCUUUGUUUUCCCUUUUUAGGUGUACAUUUCUCUCCUGGGAGAUUUCAGGAUGCUUCAUGAAAAUGGCCUCCCGUUCAUGCCAAAUUGAUGUACAAUAUUUACCCCCACCAUAUAUAUAUAUAUAUAUUGUAUUUUUAGUUGA